AUGGAAGACAUCAUCGAGGGCCCUCGGCGAAAGUUCCUAUGGAAGGGAAUGGCAAUAUGGUAUGUUCAGCAUAGCCAGCCCUUUCGAUGUUUCACGACACAUCUGGUCGACCUUCGUCCAAUUUUCACUAACCAAAAUAACAUUGCUAACGCGCUACAGCAACUUGCAAAUACCCUUGCGAACCUGACAGCCCAGGCGCCGGAUCUAGCUGGCGCGAUAAAUAAUGUGCAAGGAGCACUAAUGAACGUGGUUAACAACGCGGGUCUCGGCGAUGCCGAAAUUCUACUUUAUGAGCUUCUUCUGCGUGAAGCACGACAACACAACAUGAGAGCAUUCAACUGGAGAGGCCCCGCUGACGCAGAACCACACCUGGUUCCACCACCACUUCCUGGUUUUCAGCAGCUGGAGCUACCUGAAGGCGUGCAGUUCCCACAAAACACUCAUCAAUUCUGGAGGUUAACCGCGGCUAGCUAUCGUGCUAUUUUACUCGCAUACGAACAAGCUAUUGACGGUAGCCGCUAUACGCUUCAGGAUCGCCUUCGCAAGUUUAUCACCCUUCCACCAUUUGAUGGUUAG